AUGCACGCGACAUGGCCACUGCUGAUUUUACCCGCUCUUUUUGUGGUUGGCGAGCACGCUGUGUCGACGGUAUUCGAGGUACCACCUUCGACAGCGGUUGAUGGGCAAGAUCGGACGGAGGUGGACCAUUCUUCUGGUGGUCCAUCACCGUCGUCGCUUGCCGCCACUAUGGAUAUCGAUGAGCUUGAGGCAUCGAUGGCCCCGACACGACUGCGAUCAAUUCUCACAUGGCCUCCCCCUCUCCCUCCUGGUUUGGAAGCAGUGCUUGCAGCGCAGGACACUGAUUCAAUUUUACCCAUAGACAGUCAGGAUCGUGUCAUGGCUGGUCCGCUGCCGGCCAUUCCACGUUAUGAAUCACCUUCACCGGAUGCCGUGGAAGCGUGGAACGCGGUCGCUGCGGUUCAACGCGAGGCGGAUGAUCAUGCCGCUACGCUUGCGUCCUCUCGUAGGCACAAAGCACGGGUGAUGCCCGCACCGAGGUUGGGCUGCCCACAACCAGUUGCAUCCGGUGUAAUCGUUGAAGUUGCUAAGUUACUGCAGCCGACAUCACCCUGCGUGCGGCUGACGAGUGAGGAGGUUUCAGAGCGCAAUCGCCAAAAAAACAGAACGGCAUCGCUAUCGCGACGUGGAGGCGACGGACAUCGUCGACACCAGUACUACCAGCGAAUGGUGAAAAAUUUUCGAUCUGGAUUGAACAAUAUUUCUCUCAGUUGGUAUCACUGA